GUCGAGCACUACUGCAUUUGGGCGGAGCGACUUAUCACAAGAAUGGAGGCGAACGGCGGGCAAACGUUUAAUUUCAUGCAUUGAAAUGUGAUUUAAUACUGGCGUAUUUUAAACUAUCUGCUCCCAAGGUUGUGACAGGAGGUCUGCGUAUCGAGAAAGAAACGCUCGGGUGAAGUGCGAGUGACGAGCACACGAGGGAUAGUCCAACGAGAGUAAAUGAGAGGUAAGAAAAAAAGAAGGGCCCAUCCUAGUAGCUGUAGACUCGCCGAGAAAAUUGGGUAGCGCCGCCUGACGACCGCCGUGCGCCGGGGAGCUACUCUCAGGAAAUUGCGGUGCCGAGUAAAAGGUUUCAAUAUCGGAGGGAGCGCCGCCAACAGCUCUGUCUAUGCCAUCGCAUACUUCAAGCAUAGCAAGGAGGUACAUUUGUAGGUGAAUUAACAUUAUUAGCAAUACUUGCUCGACUGCUGCAUCGGUAAUACAAGACAUUCGUGUAAUUCAUCGUGGAUUCAUUUUGAUGCCUCUAAUAAACCAGUACCAAGUGUUUGUUUACAAACGAGACGUGGAAUAUCACCUGUAUCAUGAAUAACGUUGCGAUGGCCGCGGUCGGCCAUAUAUCACCCCAUUAACACACCCGAUGGACUAAUUAAUCUUGUAUUUGUAACUGCAGGGUCAAGUUCGUAGUCAGAAGUCCGUUUGUAUGCAAUUCAACAGACUACUCAAACUUAUGGACACAAAACUAGGUUCACGUUUAAGUAAACCGCACCAAGGCAAAACAUUCCCUUCAUGACCAACUUCUUCAAGACAUCCUAAACACGAGCUACGCAGCGAUGACUGAGCCAGGGGAAGACGCGGAGGGUGUUUACGUGGAGCACCAGUACAUGUGCAGCGAGUGCCAGGAGCUCUUCAACACCCUGGAAGAUGUGCUGGUGCACCAGCAGAUCCACAACGGGGUUGAGGGGGAUGGGGAGCAAGAGGUGUCCAUCCAGGACAUGACUGAGAUGGAGGAGACCCAGCAGUACCAGUGCCUGGAGUGUGGAGCUCUUCUGGUGAAUUCCGAUGAACUACUGCAACACCAGGAGAUGCACAUGAGAGAAGCGGGGAUGGAGGUGGAGCACCAGGAGCUCUGUGAGGUCCUGGAGACAGACGAGGCGGGAGCAGAGGACUCCGGGCCGGUCAAGUACCAGUGUCUGGACUGCCUGGCUCUGUUUGACUCCCCUGAUGUCUGGCUGGAACACCGAAACAGCCACAGCAGAAGUAGCACACACAGCAAAAUGGUGACCGCCGAGUACGUGCUGCAAUCCGAUGGGACCAUCACUCUGUUGAACAGUGUCCAGAACUAUGUGUUGAGCGACCAGCAAGCAGAGGAGAUCCUGGCUCAGGUUCUCACCCAGCAGCAGCAACAGCAGCUACAGCAGCAGCAGCUACAACAGUUGCAGCAGCAGCAGCAGCAUCAAAGACAACCGAAGAAACGACAGAUUAUGUCCAAGCCGCCAAACGCCGCCAUGCUGUCCGCCGUCUCUCCAAGCCUGGGCUCGGCCACCAUGCACCUGCAGAUCCUCACGGCCCAGGCGCUGGCGGACGGCUCCACCACGGGCAACACGCUGCGCACCAAGACGCUGCCUCCCCUGCUGUCCACCCUGGGGCCGGGCUCCUCAGGAAAGGUGGGGCUGCUGGACAACGGCCUCCAGAGGCUGGAGAUAAGGCUUGCCCCGGGCAUCCAGGGGGAUGCGCAGCAGCAGCAGGCGGAGAUGGUGGUCAUCCACCCCUACGAAUGCUCCGAGUGCUCCCUGCUCUUCCAAACCCCGGAGGACUUCCUCCAGCACCAAGGGGAGCACUUCCUAGGUCAGGACAAGGAGAGCAGCGAGGCGGGAGUCAUGAGUGGCUUCGAGGAGCUGAGGGCGAGGGAGGACGCAGAGAGGACGGACGAGUCCCGGUUGAGGCUCGCGGAGAAGAGGAACGCCAUCUGGGCCACGCCCCAGCAGUGCGAGCUGUGCAACCGCACCUUCACCUCCGCCAACCGGCUGGCGGCUCACAAGCGCGUGCACGAACAGGGGACGCACGAAUGCCCCGAGUGCGACAAGGUGUUCAAGAAGGCGACGUCACUGCAGACGCACAUGCGCACACACUCUGGCGUGGCCAGGUACCUCUGUGUGGACUGCGGGCACAGCUUCACCACCGAGAUGACGCUCAUCAUGCACAGGAAGUCCCACAUCGCCGACCCCUUACACAAGUGUCAGGUCUGCAGCAAAAGCUUCACCAACAUGACCAAGUUCCUCUACCACCGCCGCACCCACCUCAACCGAGACCCGUCUGCCCAGCCCACCCCCAUUGCUUCGGAGUCGGCCCCCAGGAGGGCGUCCCUGUCGGCUCUGACCAUCUUGCAGAGGGCCAGAGAGAGGAGGGAGGCCGCCAGAAUGCUGGAGGAGCCAAAUGAGAACAAUGACCUCCUCGCUCCUCUCACAGACGAUCAGAUGCAGCAGAUGGAAGAGGAAGGGGGUCAGGGGGAGGGAGGCGAGGAGGUGAAACGGGCGGGAGGCGAGGAGGUGAAACGGGAGGGAGGCGGACUCCUCGCUCACUCCUCAGACUCCAGCAGCCUCCUCCAACAAGCAGCCACUGAGGUGGGCUUGGUUGACCAUCCCGCCCCCAAUGGCGACUCUGUCUGCGCGUCCUCUGAGUCGCAGGACCCAGCGGCGGCCCCUGCCCCUCCGGCUAGUGUCCCCGACAAGGGGACCUUCUCGUGCCGCUCCUGCCCCAAGACCUUCUCCUCCCCGCUGCAGCUCGCCAACCACCGCCGCAAGUUCCACGUGCCGGAGCGCAGCUUCUUGUGCGGCGUCUGCUCCAAGUCGUUCAAGAAGCAGAUCCACAUGCGCAACCACCUGCGCACGCACACGGGGGAGCGGCCCUUCCAGUGCUCGGACUGCGGCAAGACCUUCUCGUCGCUGGCCAACCUCAUGCGCCACAGCCUCAUCCACUCUGGCGUGCGGCCGUACCGCUGUGACGUGUGCGAGCGCACCUUCUCCCAGUCGUCCAACCUGCGGCAGCACAGCCUGUUGCACGACGCCCCCGCCAAGCUCACCUGCCCCGACUGUCCGUCCGUCUUCGCCGGGCCCUCCAAGCUGGCGGCGCACCGCUACACGGCGGCUCACGCCGGGGCCCCCGCGCCCUUCCCCUGUCCGCACUGCGAGUCGGGCUUCCUGACCCGCAGGCAGAGGGACUUCCACUGCCUGGAGCAGCAUGCCAGCCUGCUGGAGGCCGGGGCCCCGCUCGGCACCGGAGACCCCGCCGUCGCCGUCGCGGGGUCCGGGGCCUCUUCCGCCCACACGACGGAGGAGGGGGAGGCCGGGGGGUCGUCGGCACUGGUGCGGGGAGGGCUGGACUGCAAGAUUUGCGGGAAGAAGCUCAACUCCUUCCCCAACCUGAGGCUCCACCAGCUGAGCCACCAGGCGGCCGGGCCCGGGCGGUCGCGCGCCGGCGGUGGCGGCGGUGGUGGCACCGCGGGCGGCAAGCGUCCCAAAGCCCACCAAUGCCCCAUCUGCGGCAAGCUGUUUGUGUCGUCGUCGGCCGUGGCGCUGCACCAGAGGGUGCACACGGGCGAGCGGCCCUUCCCCUGUCAGGUGUGCGGCAAGCGCUUCCGCCAGAACACGCACCUGCGGGAGCACCUGCGCACGCACUCGGGCGAGCGGCCGUUCUGCUGCGAGGUGUGCGGGAAGGGCUUCAUCCAGAGCAUGCACCUGGCGGAGCACCGGCGCACGCACACCGGGGAGCGGCCGCACGCCUGCCCGCAGUGCGGCAAGGCCUUCAAGACUUUCUCCAACCUGAGGAACCACAAGAAGACCCACGCUCGGCAGCAGAAGCUCCAAGAGGAGGCUGCCCAGGUGCCCAUGGAGACCAGCUCUGCCUUGUCGCUGGUGGACGGCGGCGCUGGGGAGCUGUUCAACGGACAGCCUCAGAUCAUCCAGAUCCAGGCCUCCGACUUGCAGCAGGCACGGGGCACACCUACCAUCAUGUGCAAUGAAUUUGGAGAGACCAUCGCCAUCAUAGAGACGGCGGAAGGAGGAACCCUGGCGCUGGAGCAGGCCCUGGAGAUCUACCACUCAGCGCUGGAGAACGGCCUCACCAUGGACACGGUCACCGUGGAAGGCCUGCAGCUUCUUUGAGGCCCAAAGCAUUUUUCAGACUGACUAGUCCCCAGCUAAAGGAUAAGGCUAUUCCAGAAUCAUUACUUGAAGCCAAAGGAGAAAGUGACAUUACCAGGGCCAAUAGUACUCCCCCAAAUGAUUGACAAUCACAAAUAUGCUUAACUGAUAGAUCUCCGGUCAACAACUCAGUAUACUAAUAUUUAACAUUUCAUAUUGAAUGCACAUUUAAAUCUGAAGAAUAAUAGCUGAGACUUAGGAGGAAGUCUUGUUUGUUCUACUUGAUGUUGAUGCCAAAUUUCUUCUUUUUUUUUUUUUACUUUUGUUUGAUCUUCUGGAAGUGAGGCUUGAAUAUAUGUAUUCUAUUGUAAAUAGUGGAAUAAAUUGUUUUGAAGAAUCUUUCUCAAUGUUUCCCGUGUCUGUUGAAAUAAUCUUGAACUGCUAUGCUAAGGGGUACCAACACACACGUGUUUGAUGUACUAGUUUUACAGAAAAUAUGACAGUGUAAUAACACCUCAUUGGAUUACGCUUACGCUAAUUUGUCAGUGACAUAAGACCCAUCUGGGCUUGCAACUUAACAAUAUUUUCAAAGUCGAUAAAUCUGAUCAGUUUCUCGAAUCAUUUAGUCUGAAUAUGUUAUAGCAAAUCCCAUUUCAAGUUACGUGAUCCAAGUGAUGUCUUAGAUGUGCUUCCUUUAUCUCACAAGCAGCCAAGGAAGACUUAACGUUUCCUUUAAUGAUCCAUGAACCAAAUAUUUGAUUCUUACUGCAGAAAAUGUUUACUUGAACCAUUCAGUUUAUAUCCCAACUAAUCGUUGCAGCCUUAAUACCCAUUAUGUCUUCAUGCAAUUGAGAACUGAGAACUGAAUUGAAUAAUGAAAUUAACUGAA